AUGGAUCUGCGAGAUGCAGCUGCAAAUGUCAAACAUAAGACCGAUUCAGUGCUCAUCAUUAGUAGAAAGAAGGUUGAAACUAUCAGGCUGGAAGUGGGAGAGCAGGAGAUCACAUCACAGCCGUUCAUACGAUAUUUGGGAGUGAUGCUUGAUGCCAGGCUAAAUUUUAAGCAGCAAGUGGAACAUGUAUGUACCACAGCGUCAGUAGUUAGAGUUAGCCUAUCACGGCUGAUGCCGAAUGUUGGAGGCCCGAAACAAAUUAGGAGGUCACUGCUGUCGUCAGUAGUCACACCGGUACUAACUUAUGGAAUUUCUAUUUGGGCUGACGCCCUCAGAAUACAAGGAACACGGAGAAGAGUCGCAUCAGUAUAUAGGCUCAGUGCCCUGAGAGUAUCUAGUGCCUUCCGCACGGUGUCUGAGGAUGCGGUGUGCGUUAUCGCUGAAAUGUUUCCUAUUGAAAUUCUAGCCAAAGAACGGCAAGUCCUUUAUCGACGAAUAGGAGCGUCAGCACUGAGCCCUGAUGCACUCAGAAGUGCGAGGCUGCAACAUAGGGUAGGUAGACGUACCGUCUUCUACCUCAGUUGA